CUCAAUCGGCUCAACCUAACCUAACGUCUAUCGACGAUUACGUAAAAACACAGCAGAAAGGUUAUUUUCUAUAUGCGUCAAAAUUUCUCCAAGCGCUCGAGAGAGUAAAUAAUAAUUAUAAAAAUCGAGGCAUUGUCUGUCACCGGUACAUCAUGAUAGACCACGAGAAUAUUAUGUGGAUGAAAUGGGGCACGCCCAUGUUCAAGGGACCCCCGACAGACGUCUUCCAUCAUAUACGCAAUUUGCAGUCCCUCAAGGAGUGCGCGAUGUACGAGGUGCACUAUGUGGACUGCAUGGAGGCGUAUGGCUAUCACAGGGGCAGGGAGAAGUGCAGGCUGUUACUCGAGGACAUGUACGAGUGCGUGUUUAAGAUAAAGAGGAUGCGGCGCAUCCACCUGAUGGAGGAAGAGCGACGGCGUCAGUUUAACAGUGGCGAGAGGAAGAACCGCUACGAGGAAACUCCGCCGCUCGACCUGUUCUAAAUCGUUCCCCUUCUCGCUUCGGGAGAAUGCAUAUAUAGUUUACGUGUAUAAAUGUAUCGGACUAAAAGGGAUUAGACGACAAAUGCGUUUUUAUCUACCAAAAAAAACAAAGAAUCCCAUUGCACCAGUUCGUUGCUUGAUGCUUUUCCUCUCCUGGAGACGUUUCGUCGAUGAGGUCAGAGAAUCACAAUCUAUGUUACCUUCCUCAAAUCUUUUCCCUCUCCAGAGAAUACAUUUCGCUAUAAAAAUACUUUGGGAAACUCAAUAUUAAAAUAUUCGCAAAGGACUGCAACAAUUGGGAAUGUAAAACUCUGAAUAUCUGUUGAAUAUUCAAUUUGUAAAAAGACAUGUUACAAUAUAUAAACAUCAAUAAUCA